AUGUGUGAACAAAUUUGCUGUAAAUCCAGGAAGGCUGCUCAAGAUUUUAUGUCGUUUGUGCAACAAGCACCCACUCCAUUUCAUGCAGUAGAAGUGCUGUCGUCUUAUUUAUGUCAGGAGAAAUUCAUAAAGUUGAAAGAAAAUGAGCACUGGAACAUCGAGCUUAAUGGGAAAUACUUCGUCACCAGGAAUAACAGUACUAUAUUUGCUUUUGUUGUCGGAGGAAAGUACAAACCCGGAAAUGGAUUUACGAUGACUGCAGCUCAUACAGACAGUCCCUGCUUACGCGUCAAACCAAUCUCAAAGAUUUCAAGUCAAGGCUGCGCACAAGUUGGGGUUUCUGUCUAUGGCGGUGGAAUAUGGCGCACCUGGUUUGACAGAGACCUUAGUUUAGCUGGACAAGUUGUGUUUUUGAAAAAUUGUAGAGUAACGCGUAAAUUGAUAAACAUUCGACAGCCUUUGAUGUAUAUUCCAAGUUUAGCUUCUCAUUUGAAUCGUAACAAAGACAAAUUUGAGUGGAAUGAUGAAACAGACUUGAGACCAAUUCUGGCGACCUUAGCUGAGGAACGGUUGAAUGAAGAUUCAAAGAAUGGUCAUUCGAAAAUAGUUUUGAACACUAACGAUCAGAAAGAUGAAGAAGAGAAGUGCCUGGACAGCUUGCCAGAAGAACAUCAUUUGUCGUUGCUGGAAUUGAUAAGCAAAGAAGCCGGUUGUGAUUCUUCGGAAAUCCUCGAUUUUGAUUUAUACCUUUACGACACUCAAGGACCUGCGAUAUGCGGUAUUCAUCAAGAAUUCAUAUGCUCGCAAAGACUAGAUGAUUUACUGGGUGUUUACACCACUACUUUUGGAUUGCUGGAGAGUUUGAAAACGAAGAAUUUGGAGCAUGAAAAAAAUAUUCGGCUUGUUACAUGCUUUGACAACGAAGAAGUAGGUAGCUCGUCGGCGCAAGGAGCAGAGUCUUCGCUUUGUGAAUGGAUUAUGAGGAGAAUAUGUGCAUCCGAUUUGAAAAACAGCUUUGAAAAAGCGAUAAGUAAUUCAUACCUACUUAGCGUGGAUAAUACUCAUGCUGUUCAUCCUAAUUACGCUGAUAAACAUGAGCAAAAUCACAAACCUACUCUUGGAGGUGGUGUUGUUGUGAAAACCAAUUUUAAUCAGCGAUAUGCUACAAAUUCCCUUACCAGUGCAUUAAUAAAGUAUAUAGCAGUUAUGGCUGGAGAAAGUCUCCAAAAAAUAGUUGUACGAAAUGACAUGAAGUGCGGCUCUACAAUUGGCCCAAUAUUGGCAAGUAAACUUGGUAUACAAGCAGCGGAUGUUGGUUGUCUUCAACUUGCUAUGCAUUCAAUUCGUGAACUGGUACACGUCAACAGCGUUCAGCAGGCAAUAAACCUGUUUUCGGUAUACAACUUCAAAUUUCACUACUAA